GUAGGAGUGCUCGGUCUUCGUGUUCGACAAGCGCAUCGCGGAAAAGCUUUAUAAGCCGAAGCGCAAGGAGACCAUGUUGGACUGCAUGCGUCUCUGUGUCUCGUCCAUGGAGAAGUGGCGUCAUCCGAAGAUGUUGCAAAUCAUCCACGCUUUGGAAGAAGGCACCACCACCAUCGCCUUCGCUUCGGAGCCGGUCCUUGCAAGUCUCGCGAACAUCUUGGCUUGGCAUGAGUGCAACGUACUGCCCGGACACGCGCCUCCAGUAAUGCCGCAUCCUAUAACCUUGGGGCCGCCGAGCGCUCAACAGCAGAUCUUGAAUUCUACUCCUCAUCUUCCACCCCACGCCAAAGAGUACUUCUUCCUGGAUAUAGAGCUGCGUUACGGCCUGCUGCAGCUCAUCGAGGCGCUCCACUACAUGCACUACAAUACCCAUAUGAUGCAUCGCAACGUGUGCCCGCAAGUGAUCAUCGUGACGAAGCGAGGCACCUGGAAACUCUUCGGCCUCGAGUUUGCUGAAAACUGCCUCUCGUCGGACCCCACCGAUAUGAUUUGCGUGCCUCCGUGGUCCAUCAAGGUGGCAAAAUUAUCUCAGCCAAAUCUGGACUAUUUAGCCCCUGAGGUGCAGACCAGCGGCCAAUGCAGCAUUCUAUCUGACAUGUUCUCACUGGGGUUGGUUAUCUGCGCAGUCUUCAACAAUGGGAAACCAUUGAUUCAAGCCAAUAACAAUCCUAUGUUGUACAUGAAACAGAUCGAAUUCUUGGAUCAACAAGUAAUCCAGGUGUUGCCUCGCGUACCAUCUGCCUUGCAAGAGGCAGUGCAACGUCUUCUGGCAAGGGAUCCUCACCCUCGCCCAACCACCCAGUUGUUGCCGCUGAUUAAGUACUUUAAAAACAAGGGUGACCAAGAGCAAGCAAUAUCCGCUAUGCAAUUCCUGGAUGUGGUGACCAUGAAAGAUCCGAACCAGAAGGCUCACUUCUAUCGAAACACUCUGAUUGAGGCGUUGCCAACCAUUCCUAAGAAACUGCGUUGGCAACACAUUUGGCCGGCUCUGCAGACGGAGGUCCGCACCGCCGAGGUUCUGGCUUCUGUCCUCCAGUCCGUGAUGUGGAUGGUCAAAGAGUCUGAUGAGGCGGAAUUUGAAAUCUACAUAAUGCCAACUCUAAAGGCUCUGUUCAAUUCACCGAGAAGCAUUCAAGCAUCGGUCACCAUUCUUGAGAACAUGCACACAAUCAUGCUAAAGUGCAAACAAAAAGAGAUAGACCAAGAGGUACUGCCACUAUUGUACCACGCUUUAGAAAGCAACACUAUGCAGAUCCAGGCUGCAUCGUUGGUUGCCACGCAAAAUAUUUGCGAUACCAUUGAUAACAAGGCGCUCCACACCGAACUUUUGAACAAAGUGAAGUCGCUCCUGGAGAGGAAUGCUAGCGACGUGAAGAUAAUCAGCUUGGUUCUUUGCUUCUAUGAAAAGAUAAUUGUGAAGUUCGACAAGACCAUCAUCUUGGAGCAGGUGAUUCCGACUCUGCUGGCUAUGCGGCUCAGCGACCCAGAUAUCGUCACGCGUGUCGUUAAACUAUACAAGUCUCUACUCAUGGAAAGGAGAUUUGGGGUACCUACCAAUGUGAUGGCAACGAAAAUGAUACCUUCAUUAGCUCCGCAAACGGUUAAUCCUGCUCUGAAUGUCGACCAGUUUACUAAUCUGAUGGAGAUCCUGUACGACAUGCUGGAGAACAUCGACCGCCAGCAGCGCUACAAGCUGAAAGCCGACAACCUCGCGCUGCCUAGUCCGGAGCGUCGCAAACUUCGUCAUCAGAUGAGCACAGAUAAUAUGAACGCACCACCUUUUAAUAUUCCAAACUUAAGAGUGGAUCAGCGUAAAACCUCUAGUGCUGAGGAUAUGGCCCGUAAAAAUUCUAUGAGUGGCCCUCCUCCCACCGCCGUUCCUAGCACUAGCGGUAGUGUAGGCGGGUUCAAGAGCACAGGUAUUGGCCAGUGGUUCUUCGGAUCCAGCAAUUCUACUAAUACCGACAACAAUUUCCUUCGCGUUUCAAGCGCUUUUCCCAACCGUCGCCUGUCGGAUAACACUCUGAUGACGCCCAAAAUACGCAUCGCGCCAUCGUGCGCCUCGUCCCCGGGUGGCACUCCGGGAGGAACAUCUGGCUUGCCCACACGCCGCCACUCGAGCAUUGGGCCGCAGGAGCGUCGGGGCUCGGCAGUCAACCUUUCUCCGCCAACCGGUGGCUCAAUGCCAAACACAUCGUCGAGCGUACCGUUUCUGCUGACUUCUUCAAUGCAAUCCAUUCGCUCGCGCCGCCCAUCGGCCUGCCUGAGCGGCUCUCAGGGCUCCGGACUGCUGCAACAGAUUAGCAGUGGCAUGGUAAGGCACCUACCGAGCAGCAGUAGACACCACUCGCACGCGUCGACUUCGACCAACUGGAGCCUGCAGGGCGCCACCGCGGCCGGCUACAACGCUCUGCAGCACACCGCCAUGGCAGUGAGGAAAUGCCCCUCACUCAAUAUUACCCUCACGCGUUAAACACCCGCCGCUCGAACCCCGCCACCUGUACAAGCCGGAGGGCGCACGUAGUGUUAGCGGAGCCUCUCGCGCCACCUUCGGCUGCUUCGUGUUUACUUGUACCCGUACGCGGGCUUCGCCGUGUCUCUCACCUUGCGAUCUGCCGACAAGGGCGAUCCCCGUCCGGUCCCUUGAUGUUUAGUAGUUACCAUAUAUUAUAUCGAUGUUGUUUUAAGUAUUACCAUACUAACUUUAUUUGCGAGUAUUUCAUUAGAGAUAUAAACUUGUUUAUUUUCCUAUGCUGUCUAUCAAUAUUGAUUUUAGUUAGAUUGUGAAAGCGUAAGAAAUUGAAAGAGUAUACGGAAACGCGUAAUCUUUUCAUAAAAUUCUUAGGAUGAUACCGACGUUACUCAAUAUUAAUAUGUAUAUAAAUUCACUUAAGUAUGUAUAAAGAUUGUUAACAGAGGUAUGAAGUGGGACAACCUGUGUAAGCUUUAAUCAGUAUAAUGUGGACAUAUCACUUCGGGUGAAGACAAGAAGUCGGAACAUGUCCAUUUGUAAUAAAAUUAAGAGUUAGAGAUUGAAUAACUUAUUAUAACAGUAUAAUGUUACCAAACUGAUAGUAUACAGCAAAGUGUUGUAUAGAGGUGCUGUGAUAUGAUAUUAUUGUAUUUAUUAGAAACUACUUUAUAGUAGUAAUAACUUCUUCUGUUGUUGAACGUUAACACUUUAAUGGCAUUUGAGAAAUCGUUGGCUAUCAAAAGACGGUUAUGUGCCAAAUGUUAAAUAAAUAAUAUUAAAAUUAUAUAAUGCGCCAGCAGGACUAUCAUGUCGGCGGUCAAUACUGAUUAACGUAGAUUGGAAACUGCAUGUUAUUGUAACGUCGACAAAAGUGUCGGAGUGUGACAUGUCAGCGGCCGGCAGUAGCCACGGAGGAUACUUCGGCCGGCAUGCCGCUACCCUCACCGGUUACACGGGCAUUCCGUCAACUUGUCGAAAGCUUGCACGAGAAGGCUCAGAAAUAAGCAUUAUAUUAAAGUAAAUGUUAAAUACGCACACAUACAUUGAGUGCAUUAGAAAAAUAUAAAAAACCUUGAAUAAAAUUGUAUUAAUGACGUUUUAAUAUUUCGUGAAAGACUCUCGCCUCAGAUAAUACCUAGGCGUUGUAAUAGUUACUUAAAGCGACGUACUAAUAAAAAUCAACAUUGGCUAAUAAAAUGUCAACAGAACGUGCGUAAAAGUUUUCCGCGAAACGAACUAAUUUAUUUACUCGUACCUUCGUUGUUGUACAGUCAGCAUAAUAUAGUAUAUGCAGAAAGUGUGUGUGUACUUAGUACAGUAUACACUUUCAGUUUGAAUAUUUAGAAGUCAACCUACCCUCUUUGAGCUUGAGUACCUACAUUUAGUUUGCUUUUCCGGCUUAUCGGUACGUAUUGUGUAGUGUUGAGGAUUGUUUGCUCCGUAGUCGGAAGACACCUAGUUAGAUGAUGCUGGCGGAAACAGCAGGGCUGGCGCUGGCGUAGAGUAGACUGUAGCACUAGUUGGUACCGUAGCGGGCGGGCGGGGACCGCGCUGCCGGUUGAGGUGGCGGCGCGAACUCCCGGCCGCAACCAUUGAUCUGGCACGCGCUUUGUUUUAAUAUUUUGUUUUAUUAUGGUUUCUUCCAGUACCAGCUGUUUUCCGGACGUACAUAAAGAGAAUUUCAUAUACGUUAGAGCCGCGUAGCGUAAACCGAGACCGGAUUGGCGCCCACGGGCCGCGCUUGCGCCGAACGCCACGCGCCCCUCGCCGCCCGUCCGCGCCUCGUCGCUGCACGCGCUCAUUUCUACUUACAAAUGAGCUUCGAUUUUUUUAAAGUACUUUUUCGAUCCAAAAUUAAUAAAUCUAGUAAAUUUGUUGCAAAUAAUUACACUUAUGAAUAUUUACUAACUCUCAUAAUUAUUAAUUAUCAGUGUCAUGCAUAUCGGCCUAACGAUUUUCUAAUGACUUGCGGUAACAUCUAACAAAUUUUCUGUUUCAAUGCAUGCUGACUGUCAAUACGCACUUUUAUAGACUGACUAAGUAACAUUUACAAAAUUACUAAUAUCAGAAACCACACAAUGGUUAUGGGUUCAUCCGCAUUCGUUCCCGUAAUCAUUUGAUUGUCAGUAGAGUGUUCGUUUGUUACGCCGAAAUUGCAAUCAGAAUGAAAGGUAUUGAGUUGCACGUCACAUCUACCGGUCAUGACCUUGUAAUACCUAUAUUUGGCACAGUAUUAUGCACUUCUUGACAAAAUAGUACCGCUUCUGUAUGCACAUUUUUACACCUCUUUUAUUGAAGUAUUGGGACACUAGUUUUGAUUAGAGCUCAGAGCAAGGACAUCCUCUCCGGGGAAAACAAAGUAAAUACCACAUUGGAGGGAAAGUAACUAACUCGACGGAUAACGUUCGAGUAAAUGUAAUGUUUAACAGAUAUUUGGCACCGAUAGCUGAGAUUUCUCGUGAAGCAUGAGUACUAUACGAGUAAGUAACGAUUAGAGUAUUCGAGUACGUAUUAUGCUCUAAGUAAGUAAAGUUAAGUAAAAGAGAUUUUUUGAAAUGUGAUAGUAUAUCGUGAAAGUUCACCUGUCGGUCCAGUACUCUAACAAGGUGCCAAAUUAAUUAAAAAUAAAUUAAAUGAUCGCGAUGAUAAUGAUAAUUCACGUGAAAAUUAUGUAAAUUAAAAUAAAUUAUAUCUUCGAAAGAAAAACUAUUUCACUCUUAACGCGCGGUAAUACCAUGCAAACUUCUUAGUAUUAAUAAAACUUUUUGCUUGAGAUCGUAAACUAUGAUAACGUCAAAUUAAACGCCGGUGUAACUAUAGCUAAUAUAAACAGCGAAAUAGAGACGGUUGGUCGACCACUUAGUGUGGAUUUCGCGAUAUUUAACCUUUAAUAUUGGUAAUUUCAAAACGAUGACAUAAACACUACUUGAUUCAAAAUCAAACCCAUUCACAAAAAUAAUGUAAUGCAGCGUAACUAAAUACAUAAUCGUCAAAUUUGAAGAAAGAAUUGACUAGAAUGGAAUACAUGAAGGGUAAACAUUUGAGAACAAAAUACUUAAUAAUUUAGUCUGCAUUAGCCACUUACUUACACAUAUUAUAUUCUAUUAAAACAAGACUCGCAUACUUUCAAUUCCUUUCAGCUUUGUCAACCAAUUAUGUAUUAUACAUCUUAUUGCUUAAACAUACUUGUAUAAUAUAUGCCUAUAUUUAAUAUAAAGUGCUGAUAAACGCUACAAGUUUGUGGAAAUAGGAUACCGGUUUUGGUAAAUGUAAUUUCUUGAAUCGCAAUGAUACACUUUCAUGAACGUGUAUUUAUAGUACAUCAGAACAAUAUCAGGACAUCUGCAAUUACUGCUGUUUAUAAUUAAAACAAGGAAAUCUAUUAAUACUUGUAGUAUUAUAACUAACUCCUGGUAGAAAUGUACUCAAAAUAAAACAGGUAUCCUAUAUACACACUCACUUAAGCGAAGUAAGUAAAACUUAUAUAUAAUAUAAUAUGCAUAAUGUUUCAUUGAAUAUUAAAAGUGUGAAGGCAUAAUUAGGUAUAAGUAUGUCCAGAAAGUGAGAAGUAGACGUAAGUGAAGUAUAAGAUUUAUCAUAAAUAUAAAAUUAUACCUACGUAUUAUUAUAACUAUGAUAUACUGUAAUUAUUAUAGUUUUAAUAUAAUAUAUUAUUAUUAUCAUUGAUGUUGUGAACUUAAUAACUUUAUUCUCAACACCCUUUGCCUUCAUUUUUAUUGUAUAGUAUUUAAAUAAAAGUAUAUAUGAUAUUGUAUGUAAUAUAUAUUCAGGGCAAUGUAAUGAGGUAGUUUCGGGACGGCAUGUGCUGAUUUGUCGAUGUCACUGUAAGUGGCAGCGACGAAAGUUUAAUAUUCAAGAAACACUUUAUGAAAAUUAUGUUUCUUGCAUUACCGUGAGAGGUGAUUUGAUAAACUUCUAUUAAAACAUUCCUAUCGUCUUUCGAGGCGAAGGACUCAUAAUUCACACGGCUUCUCAAGCUGCUGCGAAGGCGGACUUGAACAAUGUAUAUUUUAUCACGCACCUCCAAAUACAAGAUGGCGCUAACUCGAGAUUUGAGCGAUUAGCAAUCAUUUUAAUGUCAAUAAUAUUGCAACAAUAAUGAGCUUGCAAGAAAUAAUUUAAUAAUUGUAAUCAGCAACAAUGAUUACGCAUGUAACUCGUGGUAAACAACUCGAUAGUUCGAGACAGGUAUCGUGCGGCUAUAGGUCCCUUGUCUAUCAGCUUGUCAUAGUUGUCGUGGCCCCUGUCCACCCUCCUCCCCCUUAUACCCCGUACACCCCGGUAAUAAGUUGCGUCUGUAGCCUCCUCGCAACAGUCCGGCAGAUCAUUACAUUCUUCUAAGGGUUGUGGCAUUUGCUCAGUACUAUUAUGUGAUAUCAUUUCUGUGUGCCCUGUCCUAUUAUGAUAUUCAUAUCAACACUCACUUUUUGAAUUAUUCGAUGUGAUUCUAUGAAGUAGAUAUUUAAAUACCUUAUUGUAUACCUUUUACGAUAUAUAAUUAAUGUUUUAUCAAAUAUUGUGCUACCUUUGUGAUCUUGUUAUGAAUAUUGACUUCUAACUUCUUUAAACUUGACUGCUCUCUUCUAAGGCAAAGAUGAUUCGACAAUACUUUUAUAAGAUCUUUCGUAUUUUUCGAUCGACGCGAAACAUUCUUGGUUAAAUUUAAGGUGCAUAGAGAUAUAAUGGUAUAUAUCGUGUUUGAGCUUAUCAGAUUGAAUUUUAUGAAUAGUUACGGAUUUUCCUGAUUCUACUCUUGUUGAAACGAAAAGACGAAAAAGUUGCCUUAAUCUUGUUAACUCUAUUCUCACCAUGUCCCAGACUGAGCAGUUCUUACACUUGAGGUCUUCUUCGGGAACCCGAGGUUUCUGGAAUAUCACUUUCUCUUUCUCCCACGAACCUCCAUUGUUCCUCUUCUAGGACCCCUUACAUUUUUUGUGACUUCCUAAUUAGUGUUGGACAAAGAUCCACUCAUAUAUCAAUAUUAUAGUUAAAAAUAUAUUAAUCAACAUAAAUAUAAAUGUUAUAUUAUCGUGAAUUCAAAUUAUAUGAUACAUUAUUAAUAUAUACUUACUCAUAAAUAUUAAACGAUGUUUAGUAGAGCAGGACCCCCGUUAAAAAUCCCAAAUGAAAAAAAAAUGGAUCCUUUUCAAAUAUAUCAAAAUAUGACAUAUUCAAUCUAUAUAUUAAAUGUUUAAGAUUAAUAAAUGUUAAGUGUUAUUCAUCAGAGCCGCACGUAGAUUUGAAUUGUAUACGGUGUAUUAGGUCCUUCUGUGGGAUUAUGUACUUUAGUUAGAACUGUUUAACAACAGUGCUUAUUAUUGUCGAUGCGGAAUUACGCUUAGCGUGUUUUAUGUCAUUGUUGUACUUUGAACGAUGCUUCAGUGAUACGAAACCCACAAUACAUGGCUAUAGGGUUGGAAUAUUUAACAUAUUACAUAAUAUUAUAGGCAUUGUUAUCGAUUAUGACAUCGAAUAAUUAUGCUUUAGUAGAGAUUGCGUGCGGAGAUCGCAACUCUAUGAAAACAUUCGACAACGUGGCUACUGUCGAAGACUUAUAUCACUGAAGCAUCGUGCUCCCUAAUACACUGAUUUGUGUUAUGUUAACGACGGAGAGGGUCUCCGGUUUGUGUUUGUUAUUUAAAAUAUUAUGUAUGGCUCACGUAGUGAAUUAAAGUAACAUUAAAAAUUA